GGCGGAGAUUGAGUUGGGGUUAGGGGUUUUGGCAAGAUAGGAGGAGGAGAGACCGGAGAGGGAGAGACAAUGGAUCAUCUUUGGCUUGCUCUUCUGGUUUAGGGUUUUUGGAGGGAAAGGUUCAUAGGUUCUUGUGUGUUUAGAACAAAAUCAAUGAAGCUGUGUGGUGUGGAGGAAAAAUAUCUUCCUUUCCUUUUUGCCUUUUGGGAUAAACUAAGCCAAAUGGGUUGUUUAGAGAUGCUCUCUUAUCUACCAGAAUUUCAAUAAUCUCCAUCAAUGGAGACUCUCAACCCCACCCACAAGACUCAUUUCUUCCAAUCGUCUCUUCUCCAGUACUCCUUCACCUUCAAGCCCCGAACUAAAACCCUGUACGGCAACAGGACUCUGCCAUUCGCCAUUACUAAAUGCAAGCUAAGAACCUCCCAAGAUGUCAAAAACAAGGACAAGAAUAUACCCACGAAGAUUCAGUUACCGGCAGUGGCGCCACCAGUUGAAGAGGCGGCUGGGAAUGGGAAGGUUGUGGUGAAGGCAACGGGUGGAGGUGGGGUUAUGGUGGUGUUCAAGAGAUUAUCUCGAAAGGUUUUGGCUGUUUUGUCUAAUUUGCCCUUGGCUAUUGGAGAAAUGGCCACUAUUGCUGCUUUAAUGGCUAUAGGUACUCUCAUUGAUCAAGGUGAAGCUCCAGAGCAUUAUUUCCAACAGUUUCCAGAAGAAAAUCCUGUCUUGGGAUUCAUCACUUGGAGAUGGGUUCUCACACUUGGGUUUGAUCAUAUGUUCUCAUCUCCAGUUUUCCUAGGAAUGUUGGUUCUUCUUGCUUUAUCACUGAUGGCCUGCACUUAUACAACACAGAUUCCCAUGGUGAAGGUUGCAAGAAGAUGGAAGUUUUUACAGUUGCCUGAGUCUGUCCUCAAGCAGGAAUUUUCAGAAACUCUACCAAGGGCUUCCAUACAAGACUUGGGUGUCAUACUUAUGGGAGCUGGAUACGAGGUAUUCUUGAAAGGACCAUCUUUAUAUGCCUUCAAGGGGCUGGCUGGUCGGUUUGCCCCUAUUGGAGUACAUUUAGCAAUGCUGCUAAUAAUGGCAGGCGGAACUCUCAGUGCGACUGGGAGCUUCAGAGGUUCAGUAACAGUUCCACAGGGGCUGAAUUUCGUCGUAGGGGAUGUGCUGGCUCCAAUUGGUUUUCUUUCUACUCCUAGUGAAGCUUUCAACACUGAAAUUCAUGUCAACAGAUUUUUCAUGGACUACUACGACAGUGGAGAGGUGUCACAGUUCCACACUGAUCUUUCUCUGUUUGACCUAAAUGGGAAGGAGGUGGCAAGGAAAACAAUUAGUGUAAAUGACCCCUUAAGAUAUGGAGGGUUCACUAUAUACCAAACAGAUUGGAGUAUUUCAGCACUCCAAGUACUCAAGGACGAUGAGGGACCCUUCAAUUUGGCUAUGGCACCUCUAAAGACUAAUGGAGACAAGAAACUUUUUGGGACAUUCUUACCAGUUGGGGAUGCCAGUUCUUCUGAGGUAAAGGGAAUAUCAAUGCUUGCUCGAGAUCUACAGUCAAUUGUCUUGUAUGAUCAAGAAGGGAAAUUUGUUGGAGUACGGAGACCCAACUCUAAUCUUCCAAUUCAGAUUGAUGGAACGAAAAUUGUUAUUGUAGAUGCAAUUGGUAGCAGUGGUCUUGAUUUGAAGACUGACCCUGGGGUGCCAAUUGUUUACGCUGGAUUUGGUGCUUUGAUGCUGACAACGUGCCUCAGUUUCUUAUCUCAUUCACAGGUAUGGGCCUUCCAAGAUGGCACGAUGGUGAUUGUUGGAGGAAAGACUAACCGAGCGAGAUCUCAAUUUCCAGAGGAAAUCAAUCGCUUGCUUGACCAUGUCCCAGAAAUUGUCAAAGCUCCUGCUUCUAAGCAAUCUAAUAGCACUGGUAGCUAGCUUUUAAGAUAUCAAAUUAAAUCAAUGAGCAUUUCAAGCAUUGUCAUACUUCCGACUUGAAUUCUGAGAUGAAGCUGAGAGGUCAAUUCAGUCAGUUUCGCUGGUGUUGUCCACACUUGACCUCAAGUUAAUUCCUUGAGCCAGAUUCAACACUUUGGCAGGGAAGGUGAAUCCUCUCAUCAUAAAUAUAUAUUAAGUCUGGCAGAUAUUGGAUUUUAUUUGGUGAAAAUGUUGGCUUAAAUUUUGAUAUUGUCUUUUUUUUACCCAGUUUCACAUUCUUUGAUUGCUGUACUAAUUACAAAUACAACUACAGAAUGAAAGGUCUACACUCUUACAUGUCAUUCUUGUAAGUCAUCUGUGUUUAAUUCUGUCUUUGUCAUUGUUACAUGUUCUGUUCUUCUGAUAAUAGGAGAGUUGAGGACCGCAAACACGCUGUGCUACGAAAACUUAAGAAAUUUUUUGAGACGCUGGCUGAUGAGCUGCUAGAAUUUUAUUUGUUUUCCUCUCCGAUUCAUAAAAGGUAUUAACCUAUGCAGAUAAAAACACUUACUUAUGCAUCACAAACAUUGCAUGCUUCGUUCACGAAAAGUCACUUGUGAUAUUGAAAGAUGUCUAAAGGUCGGCAUUACUGGUACAUUAGGUGCGUGCUUCACAACUGACGUAAACAUCAUAUCUGUGCUUAAGGUUCUCACAAUGACAGUUGAGUCUUAGAAGGGCGUGCAUAAGUAGCUUUUAUCGCUGUAUUUGCAUUAUUUUUGACAUCAUCGAAGCUUUAAUCCCCAGCAAGUUUGGAUCAGCGACAUAAAUCGAUGAGAGAAAUUAGUUGAAAUUCAUUACAUAGAUUCUCCUUAUUAUUUGUCCCAACGAUUACUGCUUGCUUUUAGACUCUUUCAUGUUCAUGGGAUGUGAUAAAGUUUUACCACCCUACUCCAA